AUGACGUCUUCUAAUUAUGCUACUCCUUUUCUUGUUCGAUUGUUUCGAUCUUUGGACACCUUGAUCGCACUUCGUUACAGUACCAACUACCUUUCAUCACUAGUGCGCUUCUCGACGGUAUCGAAGCAGGUGCUGAAUCUCAAUCUGGAGGUACUCUGCACGAUCAAGUCAAUCUAUCCCGAGUCUUACGAUAUUGCCAGAGCAGGAGACGAUAUCACAAUCGAUGUUUUCUGUGAGGAGUCUGCAGACAGAUCUGAGGAACGCGUCCGACUGAUCCAAAAGAUUGAGAAACGCCAGCAAAUUUUUAGAGCCAAGCUCGAGGAGUGGACAGCGAAAGGAUGCCCCAUUACAUUCAAGUUAGACUCAGAGCAAAAGCAUCAGGCAUCGCCUAAGAAAAUCAGCAAAAUUAUCAAGCCGAAGAAUUCACGCACCAAGUACGAAUUCCAUGAAAGGCAAGUCCUCUCUGACCUGCCACUUUUAGAGCGCAUUAAAUUGAAGCAGGCUUCAAAAAAAGUGAAUAAUCUCAGCGAUAACAAACAGGAACCACUUGAAUCCAAGUUGAUUCCAAUCUACAACGUUAUAUAUGAGCAAUCGCCUAAGUUUAAUAGUUCCAAAACUGUCAGUCUGAGCGUCACUCGGCUUCAACAGCUAGUCAGAGACUCUAUGAAGCUACCGGUCUCGGAAACUGACGUGCGCAGAGUGUUGUUUCUGCUUGCCGAAAAGCUUGGACUGCGACUGACAGUUAUUGGUGAGACCCAGAUUCUCAAAAUCCCGCAACUCAAUAGGAAUGAAGAUCUCGCAAAGUUGGGUAGCCGCCAAGUUGGACUAGUUGAAUAA